UUUCUAAUUCGCAACAUCUCUCUUUGCUUCUCUCUAGCUAGCUAAUCAUCUCUACUACUUUUAACAUUCCUUGUAUAAUUAUUCACAGUAAUGGCUUCAUUUUCUUCACUAGUAAUAACUACUAUUUUUUUUAAGUUGUUAGUAUUCUUUGUUGGAAUAUCCUCAGCUCAACUUUCACCUGACUUCUAUUCCAAGACAUGCCCCGACCUUAUACCGACUGUCAAGUACAAUGUGCAUUCCGCCAUUAACAAGGAGACCCGAAUGGGAGCAUCUCUUCUUCGCUUGUUCUUCCAUGACUGCUUUGUCAAUGGAUGCGACGGAUCAAUUCUCCUGGAUGACACAUCUUCAUUCACAGGAGAGAAAAAUGCAGCUCCAAAUGCUAAUUCUGCCAGGGGGUUUGAGGUCGUUGACACCAUAAAAUCUGCAGUUGAAAAUGUGUGCCCUGGCGUCGUCUCUUGUGCUGACAUUUUAGCUCUAACCGCAAGAGACUCUGUUAAAAUUCUUGGUGGCCCAAACUGGGAUGUAAAACUUGGAAGAAGAGACGCUAGAACCGCGAGCCAAGGAGCAGCCAAUAAAAGCAUUCCUGCCCCAACCGCAAACCUCAACGCCCUCAAUUCAAGAUUUAAUGCUCUAGGCCUUUCUACUCAAGACCUUGUCGCUUUAUCUGGUGCUCACACAAUCGGGCAAGCAAGGUGCACGACCUUUAGAGGCCGGAUAUACAACGAAAACAACUUGGAUGAUUCAUUUGCUCAAACGGCUCAAACUAACUGCCCUAGCGCAAACGGCACAGGUGACAACAAUCUGGCUCCACUGGAUCUCCAGUCUCCUACGUCUUUCGACAACAGCUAUUUCAGCAACCUCGUCAGCAAGAAAGGUCUACUCCACUCGGAUCAAGAACUGUUCAAUGGGGGCUCAACUGAUUCAAUUGUGACAACAUACAGCAGCAACCCGAGCAACUUUGCUUCAGACUUUGCUGCAGCCAUGAUUCGGAUGGGUGACAUUAGCCCUCUCACCGGCUCAAAUGGCGAGAUAAGGAUGAAUUGCAGGGUGAUAAAUUAAUUGAAGAUUUUUUGAGAAAAAAGCAUGCAUGCACCAUUUUGCUGGGCUUGAUGAAGUACUUGGUGCUUUUAAUAUUUGUCUUUUUAAAGAUUAUCUUUCUUUUUUGGGUUCUUAAGUGUUUGCUUUUUCUGGUCUACUUAAUUGUACUCAUUUCCUUUCAAAAUCAUCAGUGGCAACUGUUACACGCUUCCAUUGCUGAGAUUAUACGGGCUUCCUUUUAUUUUUUAUCUUGUUCA